AUGCGUUUAUUUUUUGUUGUUCUGGCUAAACCUCUUGGUCAAUCGUCCGCAGUUCACAUUACUGAAGAGAAUAAUACUAUUGGUAAAUUGAUAUGGAAAGAGUUAUACGGGGGUGAAGUAGGUUCUAACAGGGUUAAUCAAUGGACGCUAUGGAAAGUCAAAGAUCUUAUCGAAGGAGACGAGAAGUGGAAGGCACUUGAAGAUAUUGAAGAUAGUAAUACCGAAACUUUCAUUAAAAAUGAGCUCAAAGGAGGUCUUGGAGGAACAAAUAUGAAAAGAAAGGAAGAUGGUUUAUGCUACGAAGGUCUUGAUCUUACUCACAUUGAAUGUCAGAGAAAGCCGACAAUUAAGAGAUUACUUGAUGAUCUGUUUGAGAAACGUAUUAUUCUAAUUCGAUCGCCACCAAUGGCCGGUAAAACGUCACUUUCACAACUACUGGAAUAUAAUAUUCUUCAAUCAGAUGAAGCGAAGAAAGGAUCUAGAUGUGUAUUUCACAUUUCAUUAUUGUGGAUGGUUAAAUAUGUAGACGAAUGGACAUUUGCAGAAGGAUUCAAAACACUCAUGAAUAUGAAAUGGGAUGAAUUUAUACAAUUAUGUAAACAUAGUGAUAUUGAAAUUUUCCAACGGUCUUCUGAGCUGGAAUUUGGUGAUGUUUUUGCCUAUCUCAAAACUUAUGAUUUUUAUUCUCAUCUUAAGGAGAUUCGCGCUACUCCGCGAGUUAAUGAUAUAAUUCCACACAAUGGUCGUAUUAUCAAGACAAAUGUUCUUGUUGAUAUUGGAAGGAAAGUAGGUUGUUCAACUCUUGAUUUUCCUGCACCAUUGCUUAGAGCUAUGUAUCUUCAAGAUCGUUUUAGUUAUGUGAUACGAUCUGAAUUACCACCUAAAUCAUUCAAAGAAUUUAUCAAAUCAGUUUAUGCGAUUAUGAACCCAAAGGUAUUGCAGAAUAGCAAAGGUAAAGGUAAGGAUGGCCGGCUUUUUGAACGUGUAUGGCAGAUGGAAUUCUACCGUGCAUCAUUACAAGUUCUUCCUGAAGACAUAUAUCCUUCCGUUGAUGUUGGAAAAGCAUUUGGAUCAAAGGGAUAUGUGGAUUUUUAUGUAAAUGAUAAGUGUAAUUGGGCUAUUGAACUAUUGAGAUGGAGUAAAUGGGCGAUUAUUGAUAUUCGGGAUGGUAAUAUGAAAGCUUCAGAGUCAGAGAAACGUGAAAGAAAUGAUAUUUAUGUUAUUUGUGCCGAAAAUUUUGAAACUGUUCAGUUGGUGUAUCCUAAUGGAGAUGAAGAGGAUAUUUGGUUACUAGGCAAAGAAAAUUUGCUUGGAUAUGAUUCAUCAGAAUUUUUAGACGAUCAAGAUGAUCAAAUGGAAAUAAUGGAAAUUGAUUACUAA